CUGGCGGCCCGCGUCCGCGCCGUGUUGCGCCGCACCUCCCGGCAGUCGCCGGCAGAGCCUUCGGUGGUCGAGCUUGACGGCAUUACCAUCGAUUCCCAGACUCAAACGGUAAUCUUGGGAGACGAGAAACCGUCGCUGACCCCCACCGAGUUCCGCCUGCUUUCCAUGCUGGCAUCCCAGCCCGGUCGGCCCUUCUCCCGCGACCAGAUCAUCGAAGGCGUGUUUGGCUACGAUUUCGACGGGUAUGACCGGACGGUGGACGUGCACAUCGCGAACCUGCGCCGCAAGAUCGAACCCGACGUGCGCAAACCCCGUUACGUCCAGACCGUCCACGGCGUUGGCUACCGGUUCGGCGAUGCCUAG